AUGACGGACACGGGUCAGAACCCCUUCGCGCCGCUGUUGGAGACUUUGGAAGAUGCUUCCGCCUCCCCUGGAGAGCAGACUGACGCUUACCUGACUUUGGCCAGUCGUAUGACUGGAGAAGAAGGAAAAGAAGUCGUUGCAGAAGUGGAGAAAAAGCUUCCUCGGUUAUACAGAGUUUUUAAAACUCAUAUUUCCAGUCAAAACCCAGAACUAAGUAGUGCUGCUCUUCAGGCCUUGGGGUUUUUCCUGUAUAAUCCCAAAAUUUCCUCAGGAUUAUCAGAAGCAAAUACUCAAGAACUCCUUUCAAAAUUGAAUGAUAUUGUUAAGACUUCAGACAAAAAUGUACGUACUAGGGCACUUUGGGUGAUAUCCAAGCAGACAUUUCCCGCUGAAGUGGUAGGCGAAGCAGUAUCCAGUAUAAUUGAGUCAUUAGAACUAGUAUUUAAUAAAGGAGAGCUCCGUUCUGCCAUUUUUGAUUAUGAAGCAUUAAAUGUCAUCAUCAGGUUAAUUGAACAGGCCCCAAUUCAGAUGGGAGAAGAGGCAGUGAGGUGGGCAAAACUGGUCUUGCCUUUAGUGGUUCAUUCAGCCCAAAAGGUACAUCUGCGCGGUGCUACUGCUCUAGAGAUGGGAAUGCCACUGUUGCUUCAGAAACAACAUGAAAUAGCAUCUAUUACGGAGCAGCUUAUGACUACUAAAUUAAUAUCAGAACUCCAAAAUCUAUUUAUGAAUAAAAAUGAGACUUACGUGCUGAAAUUAUGGCCUUUGUUCGUCAAACUCCUUGGAAAGACCUUGCAUCGAAGUGGGAGUUUCAUCAAUGCUCUCUUGCAGCUAGAAGAGCUAGGAUUUCGUAGUGGAGCACCCAUGAUAAAAAAAAUAGCAUUUAUUGCUUGGAAGAGUUUAAUAGAUAAUUUUGCUUUAAAUCCAGAUAUACUGUGUAGUGCAAAACGACUCAAGUUAUUAAUGCAGCCUUUGAGUUCCAUCCAUGUGCGAACAGAAUCUCUAGCAUUAACAAAACUAGAAGUUUGGUGGUAUUUACUUAUGAGACUCGGACCUCAUCUUCCUGCUAAUUUUGAACAGGUUUGUGUGCCUCUGAUUCAAAGUACAAUAAGCAUUGAUUCCAAUGCUUCACCUCAAGGCAGUUCAUCUCGUUUAAGCUCUCCAACUCUAAGUCCUAUGACACCUGUACACAAAGGUGCUUCCCCAUACGGAACCCCUGUAACUCCUCGGAUGAACUUGAGUUCAAACUUAGGUGGAAUGGCUGCAAUCCCUUCCAUUCAACUUUUGGGACUUGAAAUGUUGCUUCAUUUUUUGUUGGGUCCAGAAGUCUUGAGUUUUGCAAAGCAAAACAAACUUGCACUGAGCUUAGAGGCACUUGAACAUCCGUUAAUCAGCAGCCCUUCUUUUUUUUGCAAACAUGCAAAUACAUUUAUCACUGCUGUUCAUGAUAGCUUUGUUGCAGUUGGAAAAGAUGCUUCUGAAUCUGUUAUCAAUGCUAUUUGGAAGGAGCUCAUUAGCUUGGUGAAAUCAGUUAUUGAAUCAGGUAACAAAAAAGAGAGACCAGGCUCUGAAGUUUUAACCCUCUUACUAAAAUCUUUGGAGAGCAUCGUGAAGUCGGAAGUAUUUCCUGUAUCAAAAACACUGGUCAUCAUGGAAAUUACAGUUAAAGGACUUCCUCAGAAAGUAUUAGGUUCACCAGCAUAUCAGGUUGCUAAUAUGGAUAUUCUUAAUGGAACUCCUGCUUUGUUUUUGAUUCAAUUAAUUUUCAACAACAACUUGGAAUGUGGUAUAACAAAUGAAAGGUUCUUUCUCAAUCUGGAAACACUUGUAGAUUGUGUUCUUUCUGGCCCAACUUCACCGUUAGCUUUCAGUGACUCUGUUUUAAAUGUCAUUAACCAAAAUGCAAAGCAAUUAGAAAACAAAGAACAUCUCUGGAGAAUGUGGAGUAUUAUUGUCAGCCCAUUAACUGAAUUGAUUAAUCAGUUCAAACCCUCUUUGCAGUCCAGAGCAUUAACCCAAAGUGCCACACCAGGACUCCUAAUAUCAUAGUGUUUAAAAAAUGUUAAUGAUGUAUUCUGUUGUUCUUUUUUUUCUUUUUUAACAUUUCGUUUUUAUUGUUGCUGUUAGGCCACCAUGAAGGUUUUACUUAGAACUUGGUCAGAAUUAUAUCGAGCAUUUGCACGCUGUGCUGCUUUAGUCGCAACUGCAGAAGAGAAUUUGUGUUGUGAGGAGCUUUGUUCCAAGAUACUGUCCAGUUUGGAUAAUGAAGGACUUUUGAAUUUGUUAUUUUUGGAUAGACUCAUUUCUGUUAUUAGUGUAAUGGUUGAUUGCAUCGACUUCUCACCAUAUAAUAUUAAACAUCAACCUAAAGUUAAAUCACCUCAGACAUCUUCAGAUUGGGCCAAAAAGAAGAAGGAACCCCUAGGAAAGUUGGCUUCUUUAUUUAAACUUAUUGUAAAAGUGAUGUAUUCUUUCCAUACUCUGAGCUACAAGGAAGUCCAUUCUGAUACCCUCCUUGCUAUUGGCAAUUCAGUCAUCAGCAUUCUCUCCAAUGUACUUGGACAUAUUUCUUUGCCUUCUAUGAUCCGAAAAAUAUUUGCAACUUUGGCAAGACCCUUGGCAUUAUUAUAUGAAAACUCAAAGCCUGAUGAAGUACCUAAAGUAUAUAGUUGUCUGAACAACAAGUUAGAAAAGCUACUAGGAGAAACUAUUACUUGUCUGCAGUCCAGCUACAGUGGAGCUUAUGACAGUGAACUUCUUGAACAGCUCUCCCCAUUAUUAUGCAUAAUGUUUGUACACAAGAACAAACAGAUUAAAAAACAGAGUGCUCAUUUCUGGAAUUCCACAUUUGCUAAAGUGCCAAUGUUAAUUUAUCCUGAAGAGUUAAAAUCAGUACUAAGACAAGCAAAACAAAAAUUUCUGCUUCUGUUGCCUGGUUUGGAAAAUGUUGAAACUAUGGGUGAAUCUAGUGGACCAUAUUCAGAUUCAACAGAAAACUCACAGUUAAAUGUGAAGAUAAGUGGCAUGGAAAUAAAAUCAAGUGGAAAAAGAGACUCCCUUUUGGCACAGAAAAAGGAUACAAAAGAAAAUAUAAAACCAUCAGCCAAAUUGAAAUUUGAAUCUUUAUCUACAAAAAGCAAGAAUGAAAUUCUUUUGGAAGAAGAAAAGUCUACUGACUUUGUGUUUAUACCUCCAGAAGGAAAAGAAGCAAAGGAAAGAAUACUAACUGAACAUCAGAAAGAAGUACUCAAAACAAAGAGGAGUGAUAUUCCUGCCAUGUAUAAUAAUCUGGAUGUUUCACAAGAUACCUUAUUUUCUCAGUAUAGUCAGGAAGAGUCUAUGGAAGUUCUGAUUCUGACUGAAAAACAAAAGGAAGAUUGCAAAAUGAAGAUUAAGGAAGAACAAAAGGAUAGUGAUAUCAUUCCUCAAGAUGUCAUCGAAAACUGUGGUGUGGAUCAAUGUCUUCAAAAGGCUUCCUUUUCAAAUAAGGAGUAUGGUUCUUUGGAAGAAACCAGUCAGGAAAUACUGAGCAAUAAUAAUGAUUCCAGAAAAAAAUCUUCACUUUCAUCCAAGAAUCCUUCAAUUAAAGAUGCACGUAGUUCAGCUUCCAAUGCCAGUAUUUCUGGAACUCAACAACCUAUAAGCCGAAGGCAAACCUUCAUUACCCUGGAGAAGUUCGAUGGUUCAGAAAAUAGGCCUUUUAGUCCAUCUCCCUUGAAUAAUAUGUCAUCAACCAUUUCAAUGAAGAAUAACCAAGAGAUCACAACAAAAACAGAUACUCCACCAAAAACAAAGAAAAGGGAAAUGACUGCUUCAAAAUCUGACUCUGAAAAAGCAGUGAAUGGAGGAGUUAAGAGGUCAGGUCGAAGAUCAGGUAAAACUGAACAAACAGGAAAUAAAAGGUCUAAGCCCUUAUUGAGGUCUGAACAGGAGACAAAUACUCAGGAAUCUACUGAUGGCGUGAUGGCUUUAGAAAAUAACUCACCUGGUUUGCUGAAGCAAACAGACUGUGCAACAGAUAAUCAAGCUUGUCUUUCUGAAUCUACAGUACAAUGUGAGGAUACUAAGCUUAAGCCAACAGUAGAAAAUACUGUAGUACUAGAAAAUAAUAUAGAAGAGAAAAAUUUAGGUAUCAGUUUGGAAUCCAAAGAAAACACGCCUCCAACAAUAAUACCAGCAGAUCAAAUGGCAAAUGAAGAUCGUCAAGUUCCAGUCACUCCUCAGAAAACUCUUAGACGGUCUUUAAGGCGACGUUCAGAAAUAGCAGAAUCUACCCAUGAUAGCCAAGAUAUGGAAAACAAUCACCAAAGAAAGGAACAAAGUAAGGAAGAAGAAAAGAUUCUUCAAAAGAGUCCGUUGCAAACAAAAGAUAUGUUACCAAAUCACCAACUGAUUUCUGAACAAACUGUACAAGAACAUUUAAUUGAAAAAGGAAAUAAUAUAAAUGAGGAAACUCUGGGGGUAACUAGCACUAACCCUGAAAUUGACCAAAAUAGAAGAAAGUCAGACCUUGAGAAUAUUAAGUCGGAAGGAGAUGGUGUCCAGGACACUACAGAUAAGUCUUCUGAGACCCCUAGAAGAGGACGUACUCGGUAUCAAACAAGAAGAGCAUCCCAGGGCCUGCUUUCCAGCAUUGAAAACUCAGAAUCUGAUAGUUCUGAGGCAAAAGAAGAAGGUUCUAAAAAGAAGAGGUCUGGAAAAUGUAAAAACACAAACAAUGACAGUGUUGACAAUGAAGAUCAAGAAAAGAUUGUAAAACAGGAAUGUGUAAAAGUUGAAAAUCUGACACAUGACAGUAUAAAUUCUGAAGUAGACAUAUCUAAAACUUGUGAUGCAAAAGAUGAAAGCAGUACUGUAACUGUUCAGAAUUCUACUGUAUCUUCAGAUUUGUUAGAAGACGAUGCACCAAAUGCAUCUGAGGAAAAAAGUAAAACUAACAAAAGUGCAGAAUAUACCUUUACAAGUCCACUUGUGCCAGAGUCGAAUCUAAGAACUAGAAAUGCCAAUAAGAGAUUGCAUAAACGAGAUUCUUCAGAAAAUAAUGUAGGAGAAUCCUCAAGAACAGGGACAUCAGAUACUUCCUUGCCUUCUGAAAAAGCUCUCCAAGCUCUUGAAUGCCAACAUAAGAGAAGUAAGAGGGUAAGAAGAUCAAAAGGUUGCGAUUGCUGUGGAGAAAAAUCACAGCCUCAAGAAAAACCAUUCAUUGGGUUAAAGAACACAGAAAAUGAUGAUGCGAAGGUCAGCGAAACAAAAAUGACAGAUUUGCCACCUGUUACUGUAUCAGAAAUGUCUAAAGUGAAUGUAUGUUCAGAAGUUAAACUUUCAGAUGAGCAUCAUACUGUGAAUUUCAAGGAGAUUGGUACUAAUGAUUCAUUAAUUGUAUCUGAAACUGUGUUGAAAGAAGAUGCUAUUCAAGAUUAUCUUCCUACUGAAAUAGAUCAUUUUAAAGAAGAAACAUGUGGCAUGGAUUCCAGUAAAGAAGUAUCUCUUGAAAGUCAAGAACCAUCUAAUAGGAACUUUAAAACAGCUGCAGCUGAUUCUACAGAUGUUUCUCAAGAAAGUUCUUUGGAGAGUAAAGAAAAAGCAGAAGGUAUCCUGAAAAAGGAACCAGAGUUAGAGAGCAUCCUUAAUGUUGAAGCAAAUGCAUGUCAUGUGAAAGAAUCCAGUCUAGAGGAAGUAGAAGUUAUGGAAUUGGAUCCAGAAAGUAAUAAAUCUCUAACUAGUUUCUCAGAACAAGAGAGUGUCAAAACUGAUGUUUCUGAAGAAAAGGCAACAGAAGAAAAUAAUGAAGGAAGGGAUAAAUGUGAAACCGAUAUAACUGAAAAACUGAAUGCUGACAGAGCAGUUGAGGAAUUGAACUCAGGAAAUGGUUAUUCUGAUACUAUCACACCAAUUAGAGAGAUUGUCCAAACUGAGAUUUCUGAACCAACAACAGUUGGGAAACCAGAUGUACUGAGUGAUAAACCUGAUCUAGGCUCAUUUGAAGGAGUGAAUGUUGAAAUGGAGAAUUGUGAAGAAACAGUAAUAGGUGAAGUGAAUGCUGCAACUGAUCAUUUCAGUGAAACAGCAGCUGGAAAUAAAACUAUCAAAACCUCUAAGCCGGAAGAAGCUGCAACAGAGAGAUUGAACACAGAAAUUGGCAACUUUGUUCCUGGCGUACUUGAUAUGAGCACUGAAGAAGGAAGGAUUAAUGCUAAUAAAACUGAAACAAAUACUGAACUUAAUAAAGCUGAAGAAACAAAAUUCCAUGACAAUCAAGUGAUAGUUGGCAAAGAUAAUGAGGUUUUGGAGGAAGCUCACCAUACUGAAGAGAAGGUGGAGGUACCACUACAGUCUUUAACAUCUGAAACUACUAUCUCUGAACUGAUAACUGAAGAUAAUUUAUCUCCUCAAAAAUUAAAGGACCUUGAUACUUCUCUUGUGUCCGUGAAUGACAGUCCAAGUGGUCUGCAGACGCGUUGCGUCUGGUCUCCUCUGGCUUCUCCUUCCACUAGCAUUUUAAAGAGAGGACAAAAACGUCCACAAGAAGAGGAGAUCCCAUCACCUAUUAACAAGGUUCGCCGUGUCUCCUUUGCAGAUCCAAUAUACCAAGCAGGACUGGCAGAUGACAUUGAUAGGCGCUGCUCUAUUGUUAGGUCCCAUUCUUCGAAUAGUUCUCCCUUAGUAAAAAGUAUUAAAAGUUCACCUACUGCACAACCUAAGCGUAAUACCACUUCAGCCAAAGGAUUUCUGUCCCCAGGAUCACGUAGCCCUAAAUUUAAGAGCUCAAAGAAGUGUUUAAUUACAGAAAUGGCUAAAGAAUCUGUGCCAUGCCCAACAGAAAGUGUUUACCCUGCUUUGGUCAACUGCAUGGCGCCUGUUGACAUCAUUUUACCUCAAAUUACAUCAAACAUGUGGGCAAGAGGCCUGGGUCAACUCAUAAGAGCCAAAAAUAUAAAAACGAUUGGUGAUUUGAGUACUCUCACAGCAUCUGAAAUAAAAACACUUCCUAUCCGUUCUCCGAAAGUAUCCAAUGUAAAAAAGGCUCUCAGAAUAUAUCAUGAGCAGCAGGUGAAGUCUCGUGGACUAGAAGAAAUUCCAGUUUUUGAUAUUUCAGAAAAAGCUUUAAAUGGAAUAGAAAAUAAAUCUGCCUCUUUGGAAGAAGAAAAACUUGCAUCAGCUUUCAUUGAUCCUGUUGCUUUAGAAUCUCCACUGUCUAAAAAUCUUGUGGCACAGAUCAAUUCACUUGCUCUUCAACUGAAUUCAGAAGAUCUCCACAAUUAUUCAGGAAGCCAACUCUUUGAAAUGCAUGAGAAACUUGGUAGCAUGGCAAAUUCUAUCAUAAAAAAUCUACAGUCACGUUGGAGGUCACCAGGCCAUGAAGAUUCUGCUUAG